GACAGUGAGUAAGUGCGAGAGAGAGAGAAAGCUAUGGGUUUUCAAGCACGGCUGUGUUUGUUCUUCUUACUUACCUUUCUCAUAACAUGCUUUGCUCGCAAAAUCCCUUAUGGGAAUGGGAGGAGUUUAGCAAGUGAGAAAUAUGAUGAUUUCUCAAGGCUGCGAUUUCGUUCUCCCCUUCCUCCUACAACAAAUGUGAAGGAUGUCCCAAUUGUGCUAUAUCCUCCUCCCAUUUAUAAUGUAACAGGUCGUGUUCCCCUCCCAAUGGUGCGAUAUUCUCCUCCCCCUCCUGUAACAAAUGUGGCCACUUCACUUUUGGGGAAUGAAGGGACUCAUUGACAAAAUUGUGUCCUACAUCACCAAUAGUGUUUCAGCUUAAUCACCAGCAAUAAGUUCCAUGUCAACAAGAGUUCGAGUUGCCAUCAACAAUCCAAACAUAUUACAAAGUGUAUUGGGAUAAAGGGAUUCUUGUAAUUGUCAUGUUCACAAUUAGUUUGUUAUUCUGUUUUAAGUCUAGUCUGUUUUGAAUAAGCUGGUGGGUUAUAUAAGGUGAUGUAAGGAUGCUUAUUAAUUAUAAUCAGUGAAUGAAUGAGAAUUAUUCUA